GAUUAGGUUGUCUAGCAAAUGUGCAGCAAGGCAAAUGUCUGUGUCCAAGACCACAGGUGGUAAAAGUAUAGACAUUUUAAGAAAUUUACCACGGAUAACCCUAGCUAACCUUCGGCCAAAUCCUGGUGCAAGGAAAAAUGAAAAGCGUCGGGGCCGGGGGAUGCAUGGUGGGAAUAAAAGCGGACGGGGUCACAAAGGUGAGCGGCAGCGUGGUAAUCGUCCCCGCCUAGGCUUUGAAGGAGGCCAAACCCCAUUCUACCUGCUCAUUCCUAAAUAUGGCUACAAUGAGGGGCACAGCCGUCGCCAGCAGUACCCGCCACUCACUCUGAGGAGGCUGCAGUAUUUAAUAGACCUUGGCCGUGUGGAUCCGUCCCAGCCCAUAGACCUCACGCAGCUGUUCAACGGCAGAGGAGUCACGAUCCAACCACUCAAACGUGAUUAUGGGGUCCACCUAGUAGAAGAGGGAGCUGACAUCUUCUGUGCUAAGGUGAAUCUGGAGGUUCAGCGUGCUUCUGAAGCUGCCAUUGCUGCAGUGGAACGCAAUGGUGGUGUAAUCUCAACCAGCUACUAUGACCCUCGCAGCCUAGAAAUCCUUGUCAAACCAGUGCCAUUCUUCAUGACCGGCCAGCCCAUUCCUAAGCGGAUGCUUCCCGGUGAAGACCUCCUUCCAUACUACGUGGAUGCUAAUAACCGUGGUUAUCUUGCUGAUCCAGAGCAGAUCCAGGCCGCUCGGCUUGCACUGGCAAAGAAAUAUGGCUACACAUUACCAGACGUAUCAACGGAAGCAAUAUGCAAAAUGUUAGCAGAGAGGAAGGACCCGCGACAGAUCUUUUUUGGUUUGGCCCCAGGCUGGGUAGUAAAUUUGGCAGAGAAAAAGAUCCUUAAACCCACUGACAAGGAUGUAUUGAAGUACUACAGUUCAUAAUAUGUAAUGUGGCUUAAUGACACGCACAAGCCAGUUUUCUGAGUGAUAUUUGUGUAAAUAUGUAUUUCUUUUGUUAAUCAGUAAUAAAUUGUCACCAUGC